AUGUCUCGGAGGCCUAGGCAUUGGCUAUCUGAGCCAGGAGGCAUGAUGUUAUUGGUCUGGGUGCAGCUCUUGAUCUGGGCCUCACUAUCAUGGACGGCUCAAGCAAUGCGGCAGGACCACCUUGUGCGGUUGCGCCAACAAACAGUUGAUAUGUUCUAUCAUGGCUUUGGCAACUACAUGAAACAUGCAUUUCCUGAGGAUGAGCUUCGACCUUUGACGUGCUCGCCCCUGACCCGAGAUCGAGAAAAUCCCGCCCAUAUCGGCCUGAACGAUGCCCUGGGAAAUUACUCCCUUACACUUAUUGAUAGUCUAUCGACACUUGCGAUCCUCGCUGGAGGACCCGAAGAUGCGUCGGGGACAGGGUCGAAAGCUCUGAGUGAUUUCCAAGAUGGAAUAGCGGAUUUUGUGCGAUACUAUGGCGAUGGACGACCAGGUGUUUCGGGCCAGGGCAUUCGAGCGACUGGGUUUGACCUCGACAGCAAGGUUCAGGUUUUUGAGACCGUAAUACGUGGACUGGGUGGCCUUCUCAGUGCGCAUCUUUUUGCCAUAGGGGAGCUGCCUAUCAGCGGGUAUACUGUGCAGCCAGCCUGGGCGACCCAGGCCGAUGACCCCCUUGAACUUGCGCCUAUAACAUGGCCGAAUGGUUUCAAAUACGAUGGCCAACUUUUAAGGCUGGCCCUCGAUCUUGGACAAAGACUUCUCCCAGCCUUUUACACAGACACCGGCAUUCCAUAUCCUCGAGUCAAUCUUCGACAUGGGAUUCCUUUCUACACAAACUCGCCCCUCUUUCGUCACAUGGAGGGCAAACCUGAGGCUGCUUCGGGGGAGAUCACCGAGACUUGCAGUGCCGGCGCUGGAAGUCUUACCCUAGAGUUCACAGUUCUCAGUCGUCUAUCAGGAGACGUUCGAUUCGAGCAAGCGGCCAAGAGGGCUUUUUGGGCAGUCUGGGGACGAAGGAGUGAAAUUGGACUCGUCGGUAACGGUCUGGACGCAGAGGGUGGGCAGUGGAUAGGGCCACACGCCGGAAUUGGUGCCGGUAUGGAUAGUUUCUUCGAAUAUGCUUUGAAGAGCCAUAUCCUGCUUUCAGGACACGGCAUGCCCAACAAAUCAACCACUAGCCGACAGAGCAGCACUGAGUGGCUCGAUCCCAACGUCCUCCACCCUCCUCUGCCCACUGAGCUACAGACCUCUGAGGCGUUCUUGGAUGCAUGGCAUCAGGCACACGCCUCUGUCAAGCGGUAUUUGUACACUGACAGAAGUCAUUACCCCUACUACUCGAAUAAUCAUCGCACAACUGGGCAACCAUAUACUAUGUGGAUUGAUAGCUUGGGUGCCUUCUAUCCUGGUCUCUUAGCUAUGGCUGGCGAAGUCGAUGAAGCCGUAGAGGCAAAUCUUGUUUAUACUGCUCUCUGGACGCGGUAUGCUGCUUUGCCUGAGCGAUGGUCUGUCCGCGAAAACACCGUUGAUCAGGGGCUCGGUUGGUGGCCAGGCCGUCCCGAGUUCAUAGAGUCAACAUAUUAUAUAUACCGUGCCACACAAGACCCAUGGUACUUGCAUGUCGGAGAGAUGGUUCUUAGAGACAUUGAGCGACGAUGUCGUGCUCCAUGUGGAUGGGCUGGUCUUCAAGAUGUCAGAACAGGAGAGCUCUCUGACCGCAUGGAGAGCUUCUUCCUUGGUGAAACAACAAAGUACAUGUACCUCCUCUUCGACCCAGACCAUGCUCUCAACAAGGUCGAUGCUGCGUUUGUCUUUUCCACAGAGGGUCACCCCCUUAUUAUACCCAAUCGCAGCCGUCAGAAGCCGACUCGGCGGCACUCAUUAUCGAAACGAGUCGCAACCAAGAACGACACAAUUGAUGAGGGAUUCACGCAUUCAUGCCCGGUACCUAUAGUUCCAGGUCUUUCCGGUUCAGCUACGGCUGCCCGUCCUGACCUUUUCAGUGUCGCACUAUUCGUCGACUUGCACAAUACUCCCAAUGUCCACGGACCCCUUGAAGCCGUAGAAGUCUUCGAUCGAAAGAAAGGGCAUGUAACGAGAUAUAGAGCUAAAACCAAUCACACAAUGUUUCCAUGGACGUUACCGCCAACGAUGCUGCCACAAGAUGGCGUGUGUGCCGCACCCGUCGAGCGCGUCAUGACAUGGAUAGAGUUUCCACCCGGUGACACGGCAAGCUCGCUUGUGUCUCGUUUCGGAACAUCUCUCGUGUGGUACAGCCACAACGGACCAACGGUCCGCAACCUUGAUGGCAUGCGGCUUCAAUUGGAACAGCAGAAGGGCGGCAAGGUUGCAGAUCGAUCAUGGAGAAUUACACACGCCGCAAGUAGAGAGCUUGGUCGUCACGAGAGUGUCUUCUUUCAUGCAGAGCAUGUGAGAUCUUACAAAGACGAUGCAUUUACUUGUAUUCGACGAAAGGAUAUCGUUGAGAUUGACCUUCUCCUCGAUACACUAGAGAAGUCGAAUGCCAGUGCCCCGGCACCCGCCCAGGGCGUCAAUGUAUCCAGUGAGAUUCUUCCGAGCCAUGCGGCUCUUCCUUCGGAAUCACUUCUCAAGUCGCUUCUCCGUGCCGUGAGCUCCGUCUUUGAACCCGCAUAUACCGAUCUCCCGGAGACGGAGACGGAUGGUCCCGGCCCCACUAUCCUCCGUUGGACGGCUUACACAUCUACCGGCCCCGGCGCUUUUCCUCUGCCGCCCAUUAUCGACACGCCGAUGGUCGGGUCACCCAGCUACAACUCCCGCAAGCCCAUCGCCAACUUUCCAUGGAAAACCGUCUUCCUCGGUGGUGAAGCAUGUGGUGCCCCCUUGCCCGAGUCAUCGUCUCGCCAACAUCAGAUAAUUGUCAUUCGUCGCGGCGGCUGCUCUUUCAGCGAAAAGUUAGAGCGCAUACCUAGCUUUCCAGCAUCGCCACAUACACUACAACUUGUGAUUGUCAUUGACGAUGGCGAUGAUUCAGAAGAAGGCCCUGAUGAUAUCGUUCGCCCCCUGCUAACUACGGCGCAAGUGACGCCCCGAGGCAUGGGGCGGCUCAACGGUGUGCCUCUCGUUCUCAUGCGUGGAGCCAAGGGUGAUUAUGAACGUUUCGGUGAGGCUAAGGGCGUGGGCAUGCGGCGCAAGUACGUGGUGGAGAGUCAAGGGAUGUUGAUAGAGAACGCCAUUGUCUUAUAA